GAUCAAACAAUACCUGGAGAAAGGAGCAUUAAUUACUUUAGACUUUAAAUUCGAAAACGUUGCCUACAUUUAGUUAAUUCUGGCAGGCACAAAUUGAAAACUUUUGUUUUUGUUUCGAAACUAUGAUAGCUUUUUAUUAUAGUUCAUAUCAUUUGCAUUGUCUUAUUUAGACUUUAGCUCAGCUUUACAGGAAAUAACUUCGUCGUUGACUAUUCGAUUGUGGCUGAAUUCGCCAUUUUCGACAGAUGGAAUACCUUUGGAUGAGACAAAUCUGUUUACAUCAUUUUCUGUUUGAUAGACUCAGAACAUGUUUAAAGUCUCUAAGAAUGAAUUUCUUAAUACCUAGCCUAUUGUCUCAGAUUCUUGAAGAAACCAGAAUCGUUUUCUUGGUCAGUUUUGUGACACCUGUGGGAUUGAGACGUAUCUCAUUUUUUACUAUUUGACAAUGUCCAUUGCACGAAUUAAUUCAUUAAUUAAAGUAAAAAAGCUGUCCAAUACCCGGUUAUGCUUAGCUAUUUUUUUGUUUGUUCUAUUCGUUUAUAAUACUAGUUAUUAGUUAAAGUAAUAAUAAUAAUAAAUUGUGAAUAAUGUAUCUCUAACACAAUUUAAACAAUUAAAUUGCAUUAUGAAAUUGAAAGGUGCAUUAUGCUGUUCAAUAUAUUUACAAGUAAUAUGCAAAUACAAUACCAUAUAGAACCCAAGCACUGUCACAGUAUUUUCAAAGGCACAGUGCCAGUGUAUAAACAGCUAACAAUCGCCUACCAGUUCCUUAUUAAAAUGAGCAGAUAAACUUCUACACUCUGAAAUACACAGUAAAUGUUCACAGGAGUAUUGUUAGCCUACAUGUAAAACACAAAAUCAGCACAAAAUCAUGAGUUGCUUUGGUAUGUUAGCAACAUUUCCUGUUUGUGUAGCACUAAUUUUGACAUGGAUAGUCAGAGUAUUUUGUAGAGAACCAUCUAGCCAAGAAAUUAGUCUUGAGAAAGACUAUCCUUUUUGGGGAGUGGUAAAAUGGAAGCAGAUGGACAUGACACUUGCAUGAUAAUAUGAAGAAUAUUUAACAUACAUUUACUUUAAUUGAGAUAACAAUAACAUUUAAAUAGUAGAGUAAAACACACUAAAUCAAGGAAGUCCAUCUCAUGUAUUAAUAUAGCAUAGGUCUUAGAAGGGUUAGUACAGUAUUUCUUUUCCAUGUCCUUGACUUGCUUAAUUGAAAGAGUUGUCAUUGAACCCACAAGUGUGUUAAAUGUGCGUGUGAUUUUGACUUGGCCUUUCCAGUGACAAGGCAGAUCCAGACAUGCAGACAUGUGUUUGCAUGUGUAUGUGUGUUUGCACAUGAAUUGAAGAUGACCACAAUGUUUGUGCGUGUGUGUGAGUGUGUGCUAUUCUGUGUGUGUACAUAUAGUAAGCGUCUGGUGGUGGUGGUUCCCAAUGAAAACUCUUACCACCAAAGGAGGGCCUACACCAGCGAGGAUGAGGCAUGGCGCUCCUACCUGGAGAAUCCCCUGACGGCCGCCACAAAAGCCAUGAUGAGCAUAAACGGAGAUGAGGACAGUGCCGCUGCUCUCGGACUGCUCUACGAAUAUUACAAGGUUCCUAAAGAAAAGAGAUUGUUGCCUGUUGCAAAAGUAGUGGACAUUUCAGAAGAGCAAGAAAAGAGGUGUGUCUCCGGGGCAAACAGCCAGAAUGAUGGUGAAACUGUUGACAACCGUGUCCAGGUUCUCAAGUCUGUCCCAGUCAACCUGUCAAUCAACACAGAACACCUGGAGUCCAAGCGAGAGCCGUACGUCUCUGGGUCUGGGUCUGGUGAUGGUGGCGCCACUGUGGCCGUGGUGAAAGCGGAAGUGUACACGCCAGUCUUCAUGGGACCUGGUGGGGUUCACUACAGAGUAGAGGGGGAGGAGCCAGGGCGAGUCAUCUAUGAACAGAACCAUUAUGAUGAGACAGUUGGAAAUCAUCCUGGAUAUGUCAAGGAUGACCAACGAAGCACCCCUGACAGCCCCUAUGAGGAAGAGAGCGAUGGGAAAUACCAUACCCCUUCCUCAAUGGCACCUGCCGAAUUCAUUUUUGAUCAGCAAGCCGUUGACACCUUCCAGUACACACUUGAUGCUUCACGAUCCCUGCGCCAGAAGCAGGGGGAGGGGCCAAUGACGUACCUGAACAAGGGCCAGUUCUACGCUGUCACCUUGAGCGAACUUGGGGUCAAUAAACGUUUAAGACACCCCAUCAGCAAAGUCAGGAGUGUGAUCAUGGUUGUUUUCAGUGAGGACAAGAACAGAGAUGAACAGCUGAAGUAUUGGAAGUACUGGCAUUCCCGCCAACACACUGCCAAACAGAGGGUGCUGGAUAUAGCGGAUUACAAGGAGAGUUUCAACACCAUUGGGAACAUUGAGGAGAUUGCCUACAACGCCGUUUCCUUCACUUGGGAUGUCAACGAAGAGGCCAAGAUCUUCAUCACGGUAAACUGUCUGAGUACAGACUUUUCGUCUCAGAAGGGGGUAAAGGGUCUGCCUCUGAUGAUCCAGAUUGACACGUACAGCUACAACAACCGCAGCAACAAGCCCCUCCAUAGAGCCUACUCCCAGAUCAAGGUCUUUUGUGACAAGGGUGCUGAGAGAAAGAUUAGGGAUGAGGAGAGGAAACAGAACCGUAAGAAGACAAAAGGGAAGGAUGGAGGUGUGGGUGUCAUAAUGCUACCUAAGAAGGCGGACACAACUUUCUUCAAGACCAUGACCGACCUGGAGGCCCAGCCUGUCCUCUUCAUCCCAGAUGUUCACUUUGGUAAUCUACAGAGGGCUGGACAGGUAUUUGCCUUCAACACAGAGGAGAUUGAGAGAGAAGGGAGUGUCUUGGUGAAGAGGAUGUUCAGGCCGUCCGAUGACGACCUCAGCCCCUCCCCCCACAAACUGAUCAAAGAAGAGACACAAAAGAGAGUGCUGCUGUACGUGAGGAAGGAGUCAGACGAAGUGUUUGAUGCUCUCAUGCUCAAGUCUCCCACACUGCGAGGUCUAAUGGAUGCUAUAUCAGAGAAAUAUGGACUACCCUCAGAGAGGAUAGCUAAGGUGUACAAGAAGAGCAAAAAAGGGAUUCUGGUAAACAUGGACGACAACAUCAUUGAGCACUACUCCAAUGAAGACACGUUCAUCUUGAAUAUCGAGAGCUACGCAGACUCGUAUAAGGUGACCCUCACUGAGAUCUGAAGAACAAAGGAAUCUGAUUGUUGAUUGGUUGAGACGAGACUGUAGAGGCCAAGACUAGGUGGAGCCAAACAGCUGAUUGGUUGAGAUUUGCGACCCUGUGGUACCUGAUAGUUGAUUAGCUGAGUUGUUCGGGACAGUUAAUUGGUUUGUGACUAACUUCUGAUCCAAAGCCCCAGUGAAAGGCUAGUGUGACUGGAGACCACUCAAAAUGGGGAUACAAAUUGUAUCUUAGCCCUGUCACAAGUGUUGGGACCAGCCUCUAUCCAGUUCAACUAAAAUCCGCAGACAGACAAGGAGGAAGAAGGACAGAAAGGAGAAGGAUGCACAAGAGUUGUUCUCUCCAUGUCUGAAUCGUUCCACAUCCUGUCACAGGAUAUUUUCCUCAUUCAAAGUGCAUAAGAAAUUAGGAUACAACUUUAGACUCAAAAGAUUUCACACAAUUUUCAAGAGCAACUAAACACCAAAACCACUUUUAAAACCUAUGUUCACUGCUCACACAUGACUAAACACAUCCAUCCUGGUUUUGAUUCCGACAAUUCUUUUCACAAUGGUUAUUUUGGAGUAGCCUUUUUGUUAGUUAUUCCCAUCUGUUUUGUCCCUAGUGAUUAAAAAGAUUCGAAAUAAUUAAUGAUGUAGAGGUGCCCUUUUGGAUUAUAAUUUCAUCCUCACUGGAAGGGGUCGUAUGAAUUCCAGCUGGUAAUACCACUAGGCUAACCUGAAUCAUGUCAAGCUUUUUAGGAAGACCCAAAAUAAAUAUUCAUGAGAAAUUACCACACAAUAUCUAAAAUAUGAAGGGAGGUGCUAAGGCUAAAAUUGGGGUGUUUAGUCUCAUUUAAAAGUGCCAGUCUGUGCAAUAACAGUAUCUUUUCUCUUACAUUUGAAAGUCAGGAUGAACUUAAAAUAAUUCAUGCCUUCUUGAACUGCUCAAAUUAUUGCAUUUUGAGUGAGCAGUAAUAAUAUUCAUCCAUUUGUUGUGCAAGUAUAUAUUAAAAUAAGUGUCAGUUUUAUUUCUCUGUAUUUGUAUGUUUUUGUUCCAAAUAAUGGCCACUGAUAGUCAAGUAGAAAUGUUGUACUGCAGUGUAAAUAAGUGUAUAUACUUAGUAUGGAAGUGGGCAGCUCUAGCAAGUCUUAUCAAGUAUACUGAAAUGGUCCAAGGUUUCAAGUGUCAUGUGCAUAAGAUGAGAGACUUCAUGUGGAUCCUAUGUGUUUAUAUGGCGUCUUACUCUUAGCUGUCUUAUUUAUUUUUGUGGCUUUUGGCUCAACCAUCCGUCAUUUCUUUUAAACAAGUACUUAAGUGCAUUUGUAUCCUUUCAAGUUACUUAUUUGUGGAUUUUUUUUAUAUAUUGAGUGGUGAAAAUGUAAAUUUGUUUGUUCUGAAUAAAAAAAUCAAAUUUGUGCAUA